AUGGCGGUUGUGGUUGGGUGGGCCAGCAGGAGGAAUUGCGCUCGGAGAGAAGGAACGAAAUGGCGGGGUGUCGCGAAGGGAAGAGGGGCGCGAAGGAGAGAGGGCAGAAAGAAGCGCGAAGGGGUGCAGCGGAAUGUUAGAAACAGAGCUCCCGGCGCUGGAAGGCGCGGCGGCGCGGGUAGGGUAAGUAGUAUAAAGGAACAAACCGGGCGCGAAGGAAGAAGAAAGGGGAACUGAACAUCAGGGGAAUUCCUGAGGAGUCGAGUGGAUUCUCGACGAGCGGAGGCUUGCACCGGGUGGAUUCCCGCCAACGGCCUCUGGACAGCAAUAAAAACUUGGUUUGACAGUACCCUUGUACUUAACCUAUUGCG